CAUAUAUAUGCAUUUACACUCACAAUUUUGUCUAUGCAUUAAUCAUUAAUGAACAUGAUGAAGUUAUACCAAUUUGAAUUGCUCUUAUCCCUCCUCUUCAUCAUUGUCAAUACAACCCUUUCAGGUUAUAUCCCUCAAUUGUCUCCUUCUCUUGGCAAACAAACAGAAGAGAUUCAAGGCCUAUCUAAAAUCAAACAACAUUUGUACCAUUUCAAGUACCUCCAAGGAUUAUAUUUGGUUGGCUUUGAUGACUAUCUAGACAACAAAACAAUAUCCGCUAUUAAGGCCUACCAACAAUUUUUCAAUCUUCAAGUUACGGGUCACCUAGACACCGAGACUUUACAACAAAUCAUGUUACCACGAUGUGGUGUUCCCGAUAUAAAUCCCGAUAUAAAUCCCGAUUUCGGCUUUGCUCGUGCACAAGGAAACAAGUGGUUCCCUAAGGGUACGAAAGAACUUACCUAUGGUUUUCUUCCGGAGAGCAAAAUCUCAAUCGACAAGGUCAAUGUAUUUAGAAAUGCCUUCACACGAUGGUCGCAGACCACUAGGGUCCUAAAAUUUAGCGAGGCGACUUCAUACGAUGAUGCUGACAUUAAGAUUGGAUUCUACAAUAUUAGUUACAAUUCCAAAGAAGUUAUUGAUGUUGUGGUGAGUGACUUUUUCAUCAACUUGAGAAGUUUUACGAUACGUCUGGAAGCUUCAAAGGUCUGGGACUUGGAGACUGUGGCCAUGCAUCAAAUAGGUCAUCUACUAGGACUUGAUCACUCUUCUGAUGUGGAGUCUAUUAUGUACCCAACAAUAGUGCCAUUGCAUCAAAAGAAGGUGCAGAUAACAGUUUCAGAUAACCAAGCCAUACAACAACUCUACACCAAACAAACCAAUCAAGACCGUGAUGAACUUGGCUUCUUUGAUUAUAGUGGAGACUUCUUUGAGUCAAGUUCUGGUCUUCUGAACUCUUUGUCCCUUGGUUUUGCUUUCGUGGCUCUGAUGAAUUUGGCUUUCUAAUUAAUACAUCAUUUGAUUAGGGACUCACUUUUACGUAAGUUAAAUAAUUAAUUUGUGUACUUUACUUCAUGUGUCAUUUUCGGUUAAUGUUAAAUAGUUUGUUAUGGGGUAUCAUGAUACGUGAUUAUUGUAAUUGAUUAGAUAUCCAUUGGAGUGCAAAAUUCACUACAAUAUUGUUGGGAUAUUUAGCAACAUUUGAAAAAUGAUACAAAGCCAUACAAAAAUGUAAUGAAUUUGAUUUAGUAA